UAAUGAUAAGAAAAGGAAUUAUCAAGUAUAAUAAUAACAAAGAUCUGAUAAUUAACCCUUUGCGGACUGCCGUCGCGCUCUACAUAAACAAUCAAUUUGGACGAGGAACUCAACAUACAUUUGAUAAAAACAAUUGAUGGCUGAAAAGACUCAUGUGUCCACGUAAUUACGUCACUAUGGCCGAUAAACUCAUAUGUGCACUGGCUAUUUCAAACGACUACCGCGAUAACGGCUUAGCCUCGCGAAAGCUUGACUUCAAACCGUACCGUCUGCAAAGGGUUAAAAAAAAAAGAGAAAAAAUAUUCGAUAUUUGAAUAUUACAAAGAGUAUGAUCAUAUUGAAAGUAGAGAAAUCACAAAUUAGAAGAAAAAAGAUAGAUAAUAAUAUAUGCUUUUCUUAUCUUUGGGACAAAAAAUUUGUAGACGAUACUUAAAUCAUCACAGUAAGUGAACUAGCGGGAGAGAACGAUCAUACAAUAAUAAAAACAUGUCGCAUAUGAAUGAAUCGUUCUAUACUGAUAGUCUCUGCCUCUCGUAAAUAAUUCAGUGGUGGGAAUAUGUUUCUAUUGCGUCUGUCAAUCGUGUCUCGCGUCUACGAGGAUUCGUUGAUGGCAAUUGAACAAUGAAUUAUAUAGAAAACGUGCAUAUCAUAGGUUAAAAGGAAGAAAAAUUGGAACGUGUACGAGGAUGGCCGAAGACAAUGAUACGAAGCUAGAACCGAAUCUAGAACGAAAUUGACCGAGUUUUCACGAAUUUAAACGAACCGUAGCGAACGCGAAGACACGAUGUAUUAUAAAACAAGGAAGGAGGAGGAACGUCGUCGACGUUUAGAACGACUUUUAGAGAGGAUAGAUUUAAUGGUAGCGUUAUCCACGUGUUGUUUUUCCAAGGCUGCGGCCUUCAGGGCCGUCAUACUUGGUGCCCCUGCUUCCGGAAAAGGUACGAUCUCAUUAAGGAUCAUCGAACAUUUCAACAUAAUGCAUAUUUCCAGUGGGGACAAAUUACGUUUGCACGUGAAGAAUAAUACAGAAUUAGGCAAAGAGGUGAAGAAAUAUCUGGACAGUGGAAGUUUCGUUCCAGACGAAACGAUGAUUUCCUUAAUCGAAAAAGAAAUUGAAGCUGUAGGAGAUCAUAAUUGGCUAUUAGAUGGAUUCCCAAGAACGUUGACUCAGGCGGAAAAGCUGCAAAGAAUUCAACCAGCAAAUCUUGUCCUGAACCUAAUCGUACCUACAUCCGUGAUUUUAAAUCGUGUGAAGAAUAGGUGGGUCCAUUUACCAAGCGGAAGAAUUUACAAUAUAGGAUUUAAUGAUCCCAAAGUACCGGGUAAAGACGAUGUGACUGGUGAAUCACUUAGCCAAAGAGAGGACGACAAACCGGAAGUAGUGCAUAGAAGAUUAGAAGAAUAUUCUGCAAAGACCAAACCGGUGGUAGAUUUUUAUUGUAAUCUUGGAAUACUUAAGAAUUUUCGAGGUGACACCACCGAUGACAUAUGGCCUUCGAUCAAGGAAUGUGUUGAACAAUUUUUAUAAUAUUUCUUAACCCGAAAGAAAGAAAAGGAAAAAUGGGACUUCUUAGUUAAAUAAUUGCAUUGAAAAGUUUAGUUUCCGUUUUAACAUUUUUACAUUCGAUACAAAAUAUACGCACAUUUGUAAAUAUUUGCCAAUAUCUACAUGUAUCAUACAUCUAUGAUAAAUUAAUUGUAUUUUCGAUAUUAUAUAUCGUUGAUAAUUAUCGAUGUAAUAUAUUUUUUCUUUUUUUGUCACUUAUUAUUUGAUAAUAUAAUAAUAUAACAUAGACUGAAGGAUGAGAUAAGUUCAUUUCGUACGUCUUGACAUUAUCAAAUUUGAUUUAAACAGAAGUACAAGUAAAAAAAUAUUAUCAACUGCAUCAAAAUUAGAAUCUUUUUUGUAAGCUUUAGCUUUAAUUGUAAAUAAAUUGAUGCACAUAUAUAUUAUGUAUAUAUAGCAUUAAAACUAUUUAUAAUAUAUAUAUGAAUCUUCUCUCUUUCUUCUUCCGCUCGCUGUCCAUCUCAGCAAAGGAAGGAACUCGAAGCGGAGAGAAAGCGAAAUAGCAAGGUGAAUAUAGUUCUAUAAGCUUUCACGGAAGUGUGAAAAUAUAUAUAUUAAAAGUUUUAGCGCUUGUGUAUUAUUAUGAGAUAUGAUAAAAAUAAAUUUAUAGUUACGUA